AUGAUGCAGAUUCUUGGGCGAAUGGUCUUGGUGGCAAGCUGCACGAUGGCCGCAGCAGGUACAACCGCCUGUGAGAAGGCACUGUUGGAGCUGAUGAGCGAAGACGCUUGCGGCAACGCAAAUGGUCCCGACCCUUCGAAGGCAUGCACCAGCACCUGCAAGCCUUUGGCGUGUGGUGUGGUCAGCGCCUGCCACGCUGGCUCCACAGUUCGAGUCGAGGAUGAGACCGGCAGCUGGACCAUUCCAGCUGAGGACGUGCAGAACAUGGUGCAGGAGCUGUCCGCAGAACAUACGUCUUGCCCAUGCACGCCGACAAGGUCUGUGAGCCUGCCCAACGCGACUGGGCACGUGCAAGAAGCCGCCAAGCUUGCUGUCGGCCUCAGCAAGGGCAGGCGAACCGCCUGUGAGAAGGCACUGUUGGAGCUGAUGAGCGAAGACGCUUGCGGCAACGCAAAUGGUCCCGACCCUUCGAAGGCAUGCACCAGCACCUGCAAGCCUUUGGCGUGUGGUGUGGUCAGCGCCUGCCACGCUGGCUCCACAGUUCGAGUCGAGGAUGAGACCGGCAGCUGGACCAUUCCAGCUGAGGACGUGCAGAACAUGGUGCAGGAGCUGUCCGCAGAACAUACGUCUUGCCCAUGCACGCCGACAAGGUCUGUGAGCCUGCCCAACGCGACUGGGCACGUGCAAGAAGCCGCCAAGCUUGCUGUCGGCCUCAGCAAGGGCAGGCGAACCGCCUGUGAGAAGGCACUGUUGGAGCUGAUGAGCGAAGACGCUUGCGGCAACGCAAAUGGUCCCGACCCUUCGAAGGCAUGCACCAGCACCUGCAAGCCUUUGGCGUGUGGUGUGGUCAGCGCCUGCCACGCUGGCUCCACAGUUCGAGUCGAGGAUGAGACCGGCAGCUGGACCAUUCCAGCUGAGGACGUGCAGAACAUGGUGCAGGAGCUGUCCGCAGAACAUACGUCUUGCCCUUGUCCAGCCCUGCGUGCCCCGGCCUUGCGAGGUGCAAAACCUGCUCACCCCUGA